GCGGCCUCCAAUUUGCGUGAUACGCGUCCCUAAAGAGGCCAUUAUUCUAUCGCCAUAGCCGACCUCUCUCCUCCCUUAAAUCUCCCCAAACCCAUACUCCUGCCUCAACCCCUUCCCGAUCUCUCUCUAUCAAUCUCUCGAAUUCCAUUUCCUCUCUCCAUCCCCUUCAAUUUGCCGAUCAGUUUCUGUUCUUGUGGCCAGGAAAAUGGUACAGAAGACGGAGAAAGAGGAGACGGAGUUCAAGGUCGUGCCGGAGACCAUCACGCCCUGCGCCAACAACUGCGGCGUCACCGGCAAUCCUGCCACCAACAACAUGUGCCAGAAGUGCUUCGCCGCAACCGCCCUGUCCACAUCCAGCUCCGUCUCUGGUUCCUCGGUGGCGAUUCCGCUCAAGUUCGCCGAGAAACCCCCCAGAUCUACCUUCCGGAGGUCGUCCCCUGCGAGACUGGUUCCAGAUCUGAACAAACAGGCCCCGCCGGAGAAGACCGAUGAGAGAGGCGAUGACGUCUCUGCAUCUCCUGCCAAGAGGGAGGUGAAUCGAUGCUCCGGAUGCCGGAGGAAGGUCGGGUUGACCGGGUUCCGAUGCAGGUGCGGAGAGCUGUUCUGCGGAGAGCACCGGUACUCCGACCGACACGAUUGCAGUUACGACUACAAAGCCGCCGGCCGAGAUGCCAUCACGAAGGAGAAUCCUGUCGUUAGAGCUGCGAAAAUCUUCAAACUUUGAAGGAUGCGUAUGUACUGGAAAUGAAAUCGGAUUCGGAAGGCAACUAGAGAUCGGACGGAGAUCUCAUCGAUCUCUGCAUCCCUCUGCAGCUGUAAGCGUGAUAGAUGAUGAUUCCCACAAAAGUGAUCCAGGAGAUUCGUAUUUAAUUGUUGUGAUCAUAAAAAUCUUGCUUUUCCGAAGGUUUAUUCAUGUAUAAUUUGAAUUCACUUGAUUUUUUUUACAUUUCCCGGUUGAAUGAUAGUUUAAGAAUUAAUUAAGACAAGGAUUGUUGCAUCACGAAUUCGAAUUAAUUUUAAUAGCAAUGAUUGUGCGGAAGAACGAAUUUCUAUUUAUUCGCUGAAUUCAGAUUUGCUUAUUGAAAUGAUAUUAUUCAGAAUUAAAGAUCUGAAUUUGUCAUUUCUGCAAACUCUUUCUUUCUUUUGUUCGGUUCCUGAUGAUGAUGAUGAUGAUACGCCGAAGCUAAGAAAGAGAGAGAAGACGGGGAACGGGUGAUGGAGACAGGUUGGGUGGGGUGAAUUAGGUGGGGCGUUUGGGCAACCUUGUCAUGGCCUGUUCGUGGGGCCCAUUUCAUGGGAAUGGAACAUAGGAACCAAUAGGAACAUAGCGG